AUGAAAUCGGCUAAGGCGGUCAAUACACCGUUGCCCAAUCACUUCAAACUCAGCAAACAAAGUUGUCCUACGAGUCAAGAAGAAAAAGAAGCUAUGGUGGAUGUUCCAUACUCCUCGGCAGUCGGGAGUUUGAUGUAUGCCAUGGUGUGUACUAGACCGGAUAUCGCUCACGCGGUUGGAAUUGUUAGCAGGUAUCUUUUCAAUCCUGGGAAGGAUCAUUGGGAAGCUGUAAAGUGGAUCUUGAAGUACCUAAAAGGAAGUGCAAAUAAGUCCUUGAGCUUCGGCAAAGGAAACCCAUUUCUUGAAGGCUAUACAGAUGCGGAUAUGGCAGGUGACCUGGAUAGUAGAAAAUCUAUUUCAGGGUUUGUGUUUACAUUAGCAGGGGGAGCUGUAUCUUGGCAAUCUAAAUUGCAGAAAUUUGUUGCCUUGUCAACUACUGAAGCAGAGUAUAUUGCAAUGACAGAAGCAGACAAAGAAAUGCUUUGGUUGAAGAGGUUUCUUCAACAAUUGGGAAUGAAGCAAGAAUGGUACGAUAUCCACUGUGGUAGUCAGAGCGCACUGGAUUUAAGUAAGAAUGCGAUGUACCACUCUCGCACGAAGCACAUUGAUGUAAGAUAUCAUUGGCUACGUCAAGCAGUGGAAGAACAACAGUUCAAGUUAGAAAAGAUUCACACUGACGAAAAUCUUGCUGACAUGAUGACAAAAGUUGUAACAGGAGGAAAGCUUCGGCUUUGUGCCGAGUUGAUCGACAUGGAAUGCAUGUGA